GGAGAUCACCGCCUACCUAAGCCAGAUCCAGAACAGCAAAAACGAGCGCGAGAUCGCGGGUCAUUUCCACGCUGUCAUGGACUCGGUGGCAGACGCCUUUGGCCUGCUGAAGAGCGAGGACAUCCGUCGUUCGGCCAUCGAGCAGGCGCUGCCGUACAUCCGGAUGGCGCACGACUUCCUUAAGGAGCCGAUGGCGCUGUUCAAGAUUCAGAUGGGCGCCGCGUCGCUGGCGACCAUGUACGACACGUCUGUGAGCAAGCUGAUCGAGAUGGCCGCCCCGCACGUGGAGGACACCGUGGCCACCAUGGGCAUAAACCUAGACUUUGAGGCGUUCUGUGAUGACACGUACAAGUUCCUGCUGAAGGCGUACAGCGAGGUGUACCAGUCGCCGAAGAGCGUGUUCCGGAAACUCUCCGGGAAGAAGGAGGACAACUACAUCAUGGACACCUUGGACCACUCGCUGGGCGAGCCGGUCGUGCUGGCCUACAGCGCCUACCGGCAGAUUCGCAGGAAGCCCGAGUGUCUGCUGCAGGCGUUGUGUCGCGCCAACCGCGAGGCGAAGGAGACGGACGCGGGAGAGUACGGCGUGCGCUCCACCGUCAUGAAGGGCACCAGCCGGCUGUUCGGUCUGUUGCUGGCCUCGGCCGAACACGACGUCGACUCGGUGGUGCACGAGCAGGUGGCCGAGGCCGUCGCCGAGGGACAGGACGAGGGUAACUGUGAGAAUUUGUACCCGGGCGAGUGCGAGGAGGAUGGCGAGGAGCUGGAGGUCAUCUUCUGAUCGCGGCCAGCUGCUGGACAGCGUCAGCGCAACUCCGGACCAACAGCCGCGGGCGUUGACCUCCCGGCUGGAGCUCACCCCGCGACCGGGCCCGGUGACCGGGCCUGGACGAACACCUGUGGUGCGGCACGGCGUUCCACAGCUGGGACUCCGCCACAGGGACACGGCUGGUGAGGGGCUCGCCCUGCCCUCCGGCGAGGUCGAGCUCCGCCUGGUGACACGGUCGUGUUCCCCGCGCACCGCAGGACUCCGCGCCGGCCGCGGUCGCUUCUGGCCGCGGCUCCAGCUCGACGGUCGGACUGGUGCUAUGCUGAGCCUGCCGCGGUGCCCCGCUACCUCGGCGCGGUGGCGGCGAGAGAGGCGCCUGUCCGCGACACGCGGGUGACGUCGACAGCACACGAGUGUGCCGGUUGUGUGCGUUGCGUGUGUGUGUGUGAGUGCGAGUUGUGACGCAUUCGAUCCCCGGUAGCAACUGGAGUGAGGUGCCGGAACGCACCGGUUCACAGUGUCAGCAGGGCAACGUGACAGCUCCCUGGCGAGCGGCAGGAUAGCGUGUGUUGAACAAUCGGCGAUCGAAACGCCGCUAGGUCUGAUUUUUAUGGUUG